GCCCAAAUUAAGACCCACUUGGCUCUGCAGUCGUGGUCCUCGGUGUCCGGCGGCGGCGGCGCGGCCCCUGCCCACGCUGGGUUCCGCCAGGCGUUGCCCAAAGACGCGAUGUUUGGCCCCAGAGGAACCUUGCCCCCCAGGCCCAGGGGACCCAACCCCUCAGGCAGCAAGCCUCCGGGAUCCUUCGGGGCAGGAGGGGCGGCGGGGCCGCAGAGGAAGCCAGCGCCGGGAGCCCCCCAGGCAGCGCCCCAGAGACCCCCGGGCCAGGACUCGCUGCAGUGGACGGGCUCCCAGAGGAUCAACGUGCGGGUCACGCUGCACAGGGCGGAUCCCAGGAAGGUCAAGGAGAAGAACAACCUGCACCAGGAGCAGAAGGGAGACCCUCGUCCCAACCGCUGGGACAGCAGCCCGUGCCCGGCCGGGACAGCCGCGCCCAAGCCGCCCGCGCCGGCCCCGGUGCCGGUGCUGGAGCAGAACUCGAGCGCCCAGAACCGCUACACGCCCGAGAGCGCCUCCAGCAUUUUAGCGAGCUUCGGGCUGUCCAACGAGGACCUGGAGGAGCUCAGCCGCUACCCCGACGACCAGCUGACCCCGGAGAACAUGCCGCGGAUCCUGCGCGAGAUCCGCAUCCGCAAGAUGGGCCAGCCCGCGCCCGGCCUGCGCGGCCCGGCCCGCGGGGACGAACGGGGGGCAGAGCCGGGCGGCGCGCCCGUCAAGGGCAAGGUCAUCGACUACGGGCACGCCAGCAAGUACGGCUACACCGAGGACCCGCUGGAGGUGUGCCCCUACGCCCCCGAGGGGCUCCCGGAGCCGCCCCUGGAGCCCUGCGUGUACAACCCCGACGGCCCGGGCGCGGACGGCAGGGAGGACGUGCCGCGGGAACAGAGCGUGCCGGUGCCCGUCCCGCCGCCCGGCGUGCCCUGCAACCCCGUGUUCCCGGCCGACGAUCUGAUGAAGCUGCCCGCCUUCCAGGGCGACUCCUCCGGCGCGCCGCCGUUCUUCCCGGCCGAGCCCCCGGCCAAGGUGUCGGGGCUGUGCCCGGCGCCCGCCGCGCUGCCCGUGGUGCCGCCCGCGUCGCAGGCGCCAAUGCCGCCGGUGCUGCCGCCCAUGAUGCCGGCCCUGCUGCCCUCGCCGCUGGCGCAGCCCCUGCUGCCGCCCGUGAUGCCGCCGCUGGUGCAGCCGCCCGUGUCCCAGCACGUCCUGCCGCCGCUGACGUCGCCGCCCUUCUCCGCCGGGCUCCUGGCCGCCAUCAGCCAGCACGAGCAGAAGCAGCGUGAGACCGGCAGCGGCUCCGGCUCCUCCGGCAGGGCCGGGGGGGGCCACAAAGGCUUCCAUGCCGAGGGGCCCAUCAAGUCCCCGUUCGGGGUGGUGAAGGCGUCCUGGCUGCCCGUGUUCCACGACACCCAGAAGAGCAAACGCCUGCCCACCCCGUCCAUGAUGAACGACUACUAUGCGACGUCGCCGCGAAUAUUCCCACAUUUGUGUUCUCUGUGUAACCUUGAAUGCACUCAGAUGAAGGACUGGAUCCUGCACCAGAACAACCCUUCCCACAUCGAGAGCUGCCGCAAGCUCCGCCAGCAGUACCCAGAAUGGAACCCCGAGGCUCACUCCAGCAGGAAUGCUGGGGACAGGAAGGAGAACCAGACCCCGAGGCACCGCUCCAGCUCUUCCAGCCCCAGCCGGCGGCGCUACCGCCCGGGGGGCUCCGGGUACCCCGUGCGGCGCUUCCGAUCCCGAUCCCGGAGCCCCGGGCGCUUCCGCCGGCCCCGGAGCCGCAGCCCCCCCCGGCACUUUCGCCGGCCCAGCCCCCGGCACAGGUCCCGCUCCCCGCAGCGCUCCAGGAGCUCCCUGCGCUCCAGCUCCCGCUCCCACAGGUCCUCCAGCUCCGAGCGCUCCUCGCGCAGGUCCAGCCGCUCCGAAGACAGAAAGGCAGCGCUCGAGGCCGUCAUGAAAACCCUGGGGCCUGAGUUCCUGGCAGAGUUCAAGAAACAUAAAUCACUUCAGGCAGCUGUGCAGGGAUCCCUGGGAUCAGGGAGAUCCUCAUCCACUCAUGGACCGCCAGGGAAGGUGCCUGGGAGUGUGAAGAAGCCCUUGAAGACAAGUGCUGCUCCAAAGGCUUCCAAGAAGGAUGCGCCUGCUGUGCCUGGGCCGAGUUCUGCUUCCCCCAAAACGGAGGAAUCGGCCCAAAACAAAGAGGGGGAAGAGGAGGAGGAAGAUGAAUCUGCAGGGAGCAGCAAACCUCAGUCUGCUUCUUACAACAGGCUGCUGAGGGAGGACCUGCUGAGCUGUGGGACCGUCCUGCAGAUCUCAGACCUACCGGACGACGGGUUUUCGGAUCAGGACAUCAAAAAGCUGGUGCAGCCCUUCGGCAAAGUCAGCGACCUCAUCGUGCUGCGCUCCAGGAACGAGGCCUACCUGGAGAUGAACUACAAGGAGGCCGUGAUUGCUGCCGUGAAGUACGGGGAGACGGCGCCGGUGCUGCUCAACGGCAGGCGCGUCCGGAUCAGCGUGGCGGAGAAACCCCGGCCUGCCCCGGGCCAGGUCAAAAAGACCAUAAAAAAACGAGUUCUGACCGUGAAGAAAGCUUCAGCAAGUACCAAAAAAGUUCCAACCACCAGCACCAAGACCCCCAAACCCCUGACAGGUAAAAAAGAAAAGCUCAAGAAAUCAACAGUGGCAGGAGAACAGAAGGUCAAGAAGACUCCAGGUGCUGCAGAACAACCUGAGGAUGGAGAUCCCGAGCCCUCGGCAGAGCCCGGGAUGGAAGCUGAGGAAGCAGAGCCAUCAGAUCCAAAGGGUGUCACGGAAGGGGAGGGAAUCCCAGAGCCUGCAGUGCCCAUGGAGACCCAGCCCAGUGCUGCACCUGUGCCAGUCCUCCUUCCCUGUUUUCCAGAGCCUCCAGGAAUGGCCACACCGAGCGAGGAAUCGACAGAUCCAGCCAGGAAGGACCCCGAUGACCUGUGUGUGGUCCUGGUCUCCAACCUGCCCGACAAGGGAUAUUCUGUGGAGGAAGUUUCCAACCUGGCCAAGCCCUUUGGAGGCCUAAAGGAUGUGCUGAUUUUAUCCUCUCACAAAAAGGCAUAUCUGGAAAUCAACAGAAAAGCUGCAGAUUCCAUGGUGAAAUUCUAUACCUGCUUCCCCAUGUCCCUGGAUGGAAAGCAGCUCUGCAUCAACAUGGUGCCUCAGUACAAGACUAUCAAGGAUGAAGAAGCCAUAUUUACUGCCCUGAUUAAAGAUUCUGACCCUCAGGUAAACACUGAAUCCAUCCAUAACCAGUUUGUGCACCUCGGGAACUUGCCAGAUGAUGGAUACAGGGAGCUGGAAGUGGUUUGUGUGGGGCUUCGCUUCGGCAAAGUCGACCAUUAUGUUGUGCUGAAGAAUAAAAACAAGGCCAUCCUGCAGCUGGACAGUGCCAAGGCAGCCCGCUCCAUGCACAGCUUCCUGCAGCAGUAUCCCUACAGCAUGGGGGAGCACACCCUCAGCUGCUGCCUGUCCCCCCGCGGGGAGCCCGCCCAGGCUGAAGCUGGGAACAGAGACCCCAAGGGAGAGGAAGGGAGCAGAGCAAGGUAUGGCCUGCAAGUGUUGGGGGGUUAUGUCUGCCUUUCCUUGGGGUGUCCUAUCUGUGAUUUGGGGGGUACUGAGCCUCUCUCCAGCCCCGCUCCACGGAAAAUCCUGGUGGGAGCUCCACCAGCCGUGUCCUGCUGCUCCGCCCUCCGUGUGCUCCGGGUGUCCCUGGAGAGCCAGAGUGUUUGGGAUUUCAUCCAAAACCCAUGGGAAACAGGAGGAAAUCCUGUUUUAUCACUGUUUUACUGCUCUGGCCAGGGUUUUACCCCCGGGCCUGGCAGGGGUAUCUGGCUCCACGUGCUGGUAAGAGAAUUUGGGGUAUAUUUAACCCCGAUGGUUUAUUUCAUCCUGCAGCUCCUCCCUCUGUCACAGCCCCUGGCUCUGUUCUUUCUGUUUCCUAAUUCUAAAAAUGCACUGAAACUUCUUGUUCAGCUUAUUAACAUGAACCUCACGCUGUGCGCUGGCUCGAAAAAAUCUCCCGAGGGAUCAGGAGUGGUGCCAAGACCAGCUGCUGAUCCGCCAGGAGAGCCCAGGGGGGCAAAGAGAGGAGCCGUUCCCGCCUCCAGUGGCACGGAGGAGAUUCCAGCGGGACAGACGGAGCCCCCUGAGCCCCAGCCGGGAGGAGCAGCGAGGGAAUCCCCUGGAAGCCUGGCCCGGACAGACGUGGAUACCGGGAUGGGUGUUCCUGUGAGACCUGCUGGCACCAAAUCACCUGGAGAGAGGUCAGAGGAGAAGCUGCCGCUGCCUCCCAGUGCGGGGAAGGAAGAGGCUCCGAAAGCUCCUCCUGAACCAAAGGUGCUGGAGAAGGAAGGCAGAGAGGGGGAUGAAGAGUCGCCUGCCCCUGCCGUGGAAUCACUGGGAUCGUCCAGCAGGGCUGAGGGGGAUCCAGCAGGUCGUGGGGUGGUCCCAGCAGCCGGGGAGCCAGCGGGGGCCACCCCUGGAGCAGUGCCCCCCAGGGCUGAGGAGGCUCCCACGGACACGGUGUCACCUGCUGUCACCCAGCCAGCCAGCCAGUUGGGUGCUCCUGGAAAGAGCCCCGUUCCCGAGGCUGGGAAAACCAACCCUGAAACGUCGGGAGCUCCGGUGGCCGAGAGGAAACCUGUCCCUAAAACCAGGGAGGCCCCAGGGAAGAAACUGGAUGUGGCUGGAGUGGAGGAGGGUGCGCUCAAAGCUGGGCACGCUGCAGAGGAGAACCCCGGGAAGCUCUCGGACAAGGCUGGGGCAGAGCCAGAGAAGCUGCUUGGAAAACCGGCAGCCAAGGCUGGGGCUGCUCUGGAAGAGGCUCCGAGUGCCGUCGGUGGGAGCAACGUGGGAAGUUUGGUCAAGGCCCACCAAAACAAAGGGACAGGAGCAGCAAACACCAGCAGAGCCCACCCAGGGGCUCCACUGAACCCCUUCUUGUCGCUGAAGGAGCCUGCUGUGGGUAAAACCCUCCUGAGGGCAGUGGUGUCCAUCCCGGAUAUCUUCAAGCCCAGGGCCCCAGCGAAGAGCAGCGAGGCCUCCCUGGGCAAAGGGGGGGAGCAGAAACCCCCCCCCAGAGCCGAGCCCCGGGGCCAGGCAGGGGGGGACAAGAAAACCCCCUCCAAAGCAGCUCAGCCCGCAGCGGGGAGCAGCCAGUGGAGAGGGAGCGGCAGCUCUGGAGUGGAUGGACAGGGAGGCGGUGGGAGGAGCUCAUCCCAGCAGGAGAAGGACUCCCAGGUGGAAUCUAGGGCUGGUUCAAAACAGAGCCAAGAGGGAGAGAGUGGAACACCCAGCACGAAGGAAGACCCCGGCAGCGCUCAGGGCCCUGGUGGGAGCAGGAAAAGUGGCGCUGACAGCAGUGGGAGGCAGAAGGAGGAGGAAGAGCUGUUCCCGUUUAACCUGGAUGAGUUUGUCACGGUGGACGAGGUGGUAGAAGAAGUGGAGUCUCCGGUUGCACUGCGGCGGAACCCCCCCAGGGGCAAGAGGAAGGACGGAGCCAAGGCCAGCCCGUCGGAGCCCGUGUCCAAGAGGAGGAAAGGGAAGAGCUCCGGGGCGGCCAAGGGGGAGCCGUCCUUCGUCACCCUGGACGAGAUCGGGGAGGAGGAGGACGCGCCCGCCCCGCUGGGAGACCCGCAGGGGCUGCUGGUGGUGGACGAGGUGCUGGAGGAGGAGGAGCUGUCGGAGGCGGUGAAGGACCCGCAGGCGCUGCUCACCCUGGACGAGAUCUCGGAGCAGGACGAGCUGGGCCCCCACAGGGACCUCCCCCAGCCCGAGUUCAAGGAGCAGGACCUGAAGGCCGAGCCCCUGGUGACGGUGGAUGAGAUCGGGGAGGUGGAGGAGCUGCCCCUGAACGAGCCCACGGACCUGAGCGGCGAGGAGGGCAAGGGCGGCGCCGGGGACUUCGCGUCCUCGCAGGUGCCCGACGACCCCACCGCCCUGGUGACCGUGGAUGAGAUCCAGGAGGACAACGAGGACAACCCCCUGGUGACUCUGGACGAGGUGAACGAGGAGGAGGACGAUUUCCUGGCUGAUUUCAACCACCUCAAGGAGGAACUGAACUUCGUCACGGUCGACGAAGUCGGGGACGAGGAGGAGGAGGAGGAGAGCGCUUCCCCGGGGAAGAAUCCUCACAAGGAGGAGGAGGAGGAGGAGGAGGACAUCAUUGCUGUUGCAGGACCAGAAGAAGAGGAAAUCGCCGCCAGUGCAGGACCAGAGGAGGAGGACAUUGUUGCUGUUGCAGGACCAGAAGAAAUGGGAAUUUUGGGGGAUCCAAAUCCGGAAGAGGAAAUCACUGCAGUCUCCAAGCCAAAAGCAGCUCAGCUGGGAUCAGGAGGUGCAGAACCAGAGUCCAGGCAGAAGAAAGCAGCUGUUCCAGGUGUCCCCAAGGUGCAGAGCACUCCCAGAGGUAAAUCCAGAGGAACCACCCCAAACUCUCCAGGCUUUCCUGCUCUGGACAUGCUGGUCCCCCAGGCCGGCUUCUUCUGCCAGAUCUGCUCCCUGUUCUACGCCGACGAGCCCUCCAUGAUCAACCACUGCCGCACCGCCCUGCACCGGCACAACAUGGAGAAAUUCAUGGCCAAGCAGCAGGAUAACGACGGGGAAGAGCCGAGCUCCAGGUGAUGGAGGACAGAGGGACCCCCCGGUGCCCGACGCUUCGGGGCCGCUCAGUUCUGUGUGUUUGGGUUCCAGUGGUCGUUUGGGGUCAGGAAGGAGCGUCUGUGGCGUGGAAAUCGGAGCUGGGAGGAGACCCCAGAGCUGCUGGGCUGGAUUUGCGUCUCCAGUCACCCGAGGUGGGACAGAGCAGUCCCAGUGUCUGCAGGAAAUAAAUGUUCUCACUGUAUAGUUACCCCA